AUGCGACUUUCCGUACGAACUCUGGUCUUUGUUGCGACUUUGAUCGCUUUGGUUGUUUGGCCGAUCGAAGGCAAUAACCACAAACAUCCUUCUGCUCGUAGACUCGUAUACCCUCCAGUGCGCAGGGUCAAUCAAACUUGGUCUUAUCGUUCAGCAAAAACGAAUGGCAAUGUGACUUUUGAUGAUCCAUACUACUGGCUAGAAGGAUCAAAUGACGAUAAAGAUAUUCAACAAUUCAUCGCCGAUCAAUCCAACGUUACGGAAACGUACAUGCAAGGCUGCAAGGAGAAAGAUGCGAUCCUUAAAUCACUUACCGAAGCCAGCACGUAUGACAGAUACAAUGAUGUCGAGCUUAUUGAACCAAACAAGGGCGGAAAUCCUUUCUAUAUCUAUAGCCUCAUUCGAGCAGGCGAUCAACCACCGGUUUGGUACACAGCAUCUGUUGCAGAAUUCAAAUCUGGCAAGAAAAUCAAUUUCGAAACACCUCCUGGCAAGCCAUUCCUUAAUGAAACAUUGUUGAGUCCAGACGGUACAGACAGCAUCCUUUAUCACAGUACAUCGCCCGACGGAAAAAUAUUUGGCUACCUCGUCGUAGGAAAUGGUGAAGUAGGAACAUGGUAUUUCCGCCGCUUUGAUUCUCCAUUGGUGAAUGUCAAGACGAGGCCGAGCGGUGGAGAAGGACGAUUGAAUGACACCCUUCUGUUGAGUUCUGAUGCGAUUUUAUGGACUCCUGAUAGCGGUUGUAUUUUCUAUUCGCAGACUGUUAAUUCAAAUGGUGGCACAAAUACAGAUCUAGACUACAAGAUUCGUUAUCACGCUUGGGGGACUGAUAAUACAAACGAUAUUACGGUAUUCGAUGGAAAAAAUGCUGGUGAAUUAGGGAUUCUCACUUAUUUCUUCGCUUUUUUGAGCAAUGACGGUCGCUGGCUUAUCAUCUCGGGAUCUUACGAGGUAACGACUGAGAAUAUGGUUUCUUAUGCCACUUUGCUCGAAGUAAUCAACAACACGUUUUACAUUAAAACAAACAAAGAUGCAAAAAAUUUAAAAGUUUCCAAGAUUCAUCUCGACUGGAAUAAAGCAAAACAAGUGAAAGACUUUACAGAGCUGCAAGAUAGGCCGGAAGUGAUUGAUGUGAUUCCUGAGCGCAACAAUGCUUCAAUAACCCCCUUUGAUUUCGGACCUUAUAUGAUUGCUCAAGACAAGAUUGCAGCUGUAUACGUGGAGAACGGCCAAUAUACUUUGUAUGUGUACCAUGCCGAAGAUGGUAGAUUGAUUCAGCGAUUGAUACCAGAUGCGAAAGGUAGAAUUUUUCAGGUGACAGGAAACCAGGACAGCACUACGCUCAUUGUAGCAUUCACAACUUGGAAUCAUCCGAGGGUAUUAUAUGAAUUCGUGGUCAAUGAUGAUCACGUAGACACUUCUAUUGUCACGGCUCAACGUAUCACAGGAGCGAAUCCGGAUGACUUUACGAUUGAGGAGAUCUAUGCUACUUCCAAAGAUGGUACAAAAGUACCCUAUUUCAUAACAUACCGCAAAGGCACUAGAAAGGACGGAAAGAGCCCUUUAUGGUUACACGCAUAUGGUGGGUACGGUAUAGUCGAUAACCUUUACUACAAACCGAGCUAUUUUGACUUUUUACGAAGCUAUGACGGAUACUUUGUCUGGGGAUCACCACGAGGUGGCGGUGAUAAAGGAGGCGAUUGGCAUGAUGCUGCGACUGGAUUGAAGAAACAGAAGACAUUUGAUGACACUCUUGCAAUACUCAAUAGUGUGGUUGCCUUGAAAUACACUUCACCUGGAAUGAUCAUCGUAGAAGGAGUCUCGGGAGGUGGAAUGCUUUUCGGUGCGGUAACAAAUCAAGCAGCUCAAGGCUUAAUUGGAGUAUCUCUUUUGGUAAGAGCACCUUUGGAUAUCUUUGAAUUUGAAUUACGUAACACUAUAGGAGCCUUUAAUCGUGAAGAGUUGGGAGAUGUUACAACUCCGGAAGGAUUUGAUGCCGUCUUUGCAUGGUCACCAUAUCAGAACAUCGAUCCACAUAAGAGCUAUCCCGCCGUAUUUCUAACGCCUGGAACUGGUGACGAAAGGGUUCCGCCCUCACAUAGCUACAAAUUCCUUUCCAAACUUCAAUAUCUUCAUCCGAACAACAAGUCGCCACUUUUGAUGUACGUGCAAAAGGAUAAAAAGGGGCAUAUUGCUAGCACAGCUGAAGAGAACAUUUAUCAGUUCUGUAUCAUUGAAGAAUCCUUAGGGAUCUCGAGAAGAAAAAUGUAG